GCACAUAAAAAAACUGGAUAACAAAAAAGAAAAAACAAAACAUACGCAAAGUGAAAUGAUUCCUCAGUGGGACGGGCUAGCAAUUCCUUUCGUUAUUUUUGUUUAAUCCGUUUCAGCGUGCGGACGUUUCACAGUUUUUACUCUUGCACCAGAGUGGCCUCUUACGACACGAUGCAAACAACGGGUGUGUGCUGAUCCAGAGAGAGAGAGAGAACGAGACAGUGGAUUUAUUGUUUUCAUCCCUCGGCACCCAAAAAUUCUCCUCCUAAUCGACACACACACACACUUCCUCCCGGGGUGUCGAAGUCUUCUCGAAAACAUUCUCGCAAUCUGUGUGUGCCCGCUGUACACGAUCCUCAGCCAUUCCAAGCUCAAUCGGCGUGAAGCUGGGUGCAUAUCUUAGCGCCGGUAUGGACAGCAACCUUGACGGUGAUGAGGUGGAGUUUCGUAAACAUGCCAAGUACUUCAUACGCUUUCUGCACACACUGCCCGGUCGGUUAGCAUCGCACGAUUCUACCAGAGUCACCAUAGCCUUCUUCGCUGUCAGUGGGCUUGAUGUGCUAAACUCGCUCGAUAUGCUAACCGACACCUUCCAGCAGGACAUUAUCAACUGGAUCUACAAGCUGCAGGUCGUACCGAAACCGGGCGAACGUGGGUACGGUGGCAUCCAGGGUUCCAGCACGUUCGAUGUGCUCGAUACGCCGGACGGUUGUGGCCUGCAGCUGUACCGGUGGGGCCAUCUAGCGAUCACGUACACGGGGAUUGCCGUGCUGGUGGCGCUCGGGGACGAUCUGUCCCGGCUGAACCGGAAAGCAAUAAUCGAAGGUGUGGCCGCGGUCCAGCGGGACGACGGUAGCUUCAGUGCCACGAUCGAGGGAAGCGAACACGAUAUGCGGUUCGUGUACUGUGCGGCCGCUAUCUGCGCCAUGCUCAACGAUUGGGGCCGGGUGGAUCGAAAAAAGAUGGCCGACUAUAUCCUCAAGAGCAUCCGGUACGAUUACGGUAUCAGCCAGCACUACGAGAUGGAAUCGCACGGUGGCACCACGUUCUGUGCGAUUGCCGCGCUCGAGCUGAGCGGGCAGCUGCAUCUCAUCACGCCGGCAGUGCGGGAAAAGAUUGUCCGGUGGCUCGUCUUUCGCCAGCAGGACGGUUUCCAGGGCCGGCCGAACAAACCGGUCGACACGUGCUACUCGUUCUGGAUAGCGGCCACGCUCAAGAUAAUGAACGCGUUCGAGCUGACCAGCUUCAAGGAUAACCGGGACUACGUGCUGUCGACGCAGGAUGCCACGGUGGGCGGAUUUUCCAAGUGGCCCCAGGCGUACACCGAUCCGUUCCAUUCGUACUUUGGGCUGUGCGGGCUGAGCUUUCUGAACGAGCCCGGCCUGCAGGAGGUGAUGCCCAGCCUAAACAUAUCGAUGCGUGCCUACCGACGGUUGCAGGGGCUGCAGCGUGACUGGAGCCUGCUCGAGGAUGGGCUAGCGUCCGGGAACGGUGAGGUAACGGUGCACAUAGAGUAGGAGAGGACCGGGGAGGGGUGGCCGAAGAUGGCGAGCGCACACAACACGUACACACGAUUGUUUAUAUUUUAGAUGCAUUUUGUUUUAGAGAAACGAAGGAGAGGCAAAAUAUUUAUUUUCGUUGUUCAAAACUGGGUUACUACUGCUAAUAGUAAAAUAAAAAACGGCCUCUACUAAUAGCGAGAGAGAGAGAGAGAGAGAGAGAGAGAGAAAGAGAGAGACGGAACUAUUUUAUUCCUUUUUUUUGCUGGUAGCUUUCUUUAAUUUAUGGGGUCUUGUACACCUUUUCCUCAUUUUUAUCGUUUGGCCCAAAACCUCAGCAAAACAGUGGCUCCAAUGCAAAUCCGGACAAUUUAAAAUCUUUUUUUUAUUUAAUUUUUGGGUGCAAUGUUGACGCUCUAGGGGCUUAAGAGAAUCCAGAAGUGCCAAUAAUACUGCUUUGCUUGCUUGCCGGAAAUUAAUUUUUCUUUCAGUUAAUUUUACGCGUUUCGACCAUCAGUAUGGUGAUGCUAAUUGACGACAUUCUGAGUGCUGAUUGGCGAAGAACUAGUCUUUCGCGCAAAUGUGCACAAUUUUUGUCAAGUUUAAAAAAACGCCUUCCUCGUUAUUCAAAAAAUUAAUGUAAAACUGCCAAGAAAAGCGGACCCGCUAAGCCGAUAUCAUAUUAGAAAAGUUAACCAAAAUAUUGUUAAAAGGACCCAAUUUUAAUUGCAAUUAUUACUCUAAAAAAAGACCACAAACGACCUUUA